AUGGUCAAAAGAUCUGCAAGUCAAAUCCUCGAAAGUUCUAUCAAUAAGGAAGUCAGAUUAUCUGGCGGCAAUAUAUGGGGAUUUUUGAUAUCAUCGCGCGGUGUAAUAUCCUUAGAUAAAAAUUUUUAUAUGUUUGGUGACCACGAGGGAUUAGAGGGAAAUUACAUACAUUUAGAAGGAUGUGGAGAGACCUUCUUUGCAGGAAUACACUACGAUGAAAGAAAUGGAGCCACCGUUGAAAAUUUAUGCCAAGACGGAAUGCAAAGAAAAAUGAAGAAAUGGGAUUAUGUGGCACUUAAAGAGAAAAUUAAGUUACAAGAUGGAACUAUCUUGAAGUUUAGAAGCAAUCAAAAUUUUGAAAUAUACGAAUUUCGCACCGCAAAUUUAUCACAGUGCGGUUGUGAUAGAAUUACAAAUUAUGAUGAAGAUACACAAGGUGGUUUGUCCGGAAGUAUAUGUGUAGUGAAAAAUUAUUGUUUCCUACACAAAUAUGAGUUCGUACAAAGACUUGGAGGUGGUGGCUUUGGAAAUGUCCAUCUCGUUAGGAAAAUUGAUGAUGGACAAUUAUUCGCGGCGAAAAUUUCAAAAAGUUCAUUACGAAUGGAGUAUGAUACAAUGAAAGAAUUGCAAGACUUGGCCUGUGCCGUGAAAGCGCAUGAAAUAUUUCAUGAUAAAGAAUCAAAUAAUAAUUAUUUGAUAAUGGAUUGGGUCAGGCACAAUUCAUUAUUGACAUGGAUUCAGAAGCAAGCCCAUGUUAAUGUUGAUACCAUGAGAAGCAUUAUAAAAUGUCUAGUGCCUAAUCUGAAGUUAAUCCAUGAGAAGGGAUGGCUUCAUAGAGAUAUUAAGCCAGACAACAUACUUGUAAAUAACGAAAAUCCACUUUCAUUGUUAUUUACAGAUUUUGGAUUAAGUAGCAAAUUAAGCUCGAAUCCAAGAGAUGCGAGAGGUACACCAUUGUUAUGUGCACCUGAGGUAUUGAAGAAAAAUUUCCAGAAUGAGUCUGCAGAUUGGUGGUCACUAGGACACCUGAUAUUUUAUUGUUAUGAGAAAGGUUUUUUAUUGCAACCUGUGAAGGCAGGUGUUAAAGAUCUAUUGGCAGAAAUUGAUUAUAGGUUGCAGAUAAUUAAGGAUGGGAAGGAACCUGUAAUAAAUAGGAUGUUAGAAAGUGGGCACGCAGAUGUGGCGUGCCUUAACUUGAAUAUGAAGGAGCGAUCUUACGACAACAUCAUUAAAUGUAGAAUAUUUAAUGAAAGUGUGGAGGUAGAUGACGCCGUUUGA